CAGAAGCCAGCUUCACCUGCACACUUUGAUGUGGCAUUUGUUGUCGAAGAUCGUGAGUUGUGGGAGAUUGGUACAGGUCUUGAUUUUACACAGAUACAUGCUAUUUUUAAGUUGCCAUCUCACUAUGGUCACUUCAGUCACCUGCUCACAUACAUUGAAUGGUUCCGCCCACUGCAUGAGCCACAACCCAUGACAAAGCUCUAUCAGCUCGCACGGUCAACU